AUGAAGUCCACAAUGCUCCUAGUAGCUUCAUUCUUCCUCCUAGCUGCCUUAACCAUGAAACUACCUGUCUCAUUCGCCGCUUCUCCCGUCGCCGUCACUGACGUGGACGGCACCCCACUCCGCUCCGGCCUCAAGUACUUCAUCCUUCCCUCCGUCUCUGGAAACGGCGGCGGUGUAGCUCUCGACCGAACCAAGACCAAAAAGUGCCCGCUCUCCGUGUUUCAAGACGACUACGAGCUCUCCAAGGGCCUCUCCGUGGUCUUCCUUCCCGUAAAUACCAAGCCAGGCUACACCGUCCAAACUGCCACUGACCUCAACAUCGAGUUCACCGCUGAGACUGCAUGUGACGAGGCGACGGUGUGGAAGGUGGAGAGUUAUGACGACGAUGUCAAGCAGUGGUUCAUUGGAACUGGCGGGAUCGAAGGGAAGCCCGGCCCGAGGACGGUGGAGAACUGGUUCAAGAUCGCCAAGUUUGGUGGGAACUACAAGAUUGUGUACUGUCCUUCGGUGUGCAAGUCAUGCAAAGUGACAUGCAAGGACGUUGGGGUUUAUGAGGACGAGGAUGGCAAGAAGAGGCUUGCUCUUAGUGACGAUCCCAUGAUCGUUAAGUUCAUGAAGGCUUCUAGUCACUGA